AUGAUUCUCAUCAUUGCAACUACGUUCUUGGUUGCUGCUGUACAAGAGGCUGGGCAAAAAUACGCUUGGAAUUCCGCUUUUGUUAUAACUCUAUUGAGCAUUUCCGGCAUCAUGUGGGUUAUAUUCAUUUUUUAUGAACGGGCUGUAACGCUGGGGUCGAGCCACAUAGAGCCGGUAUUCCCUUGGACGCUGAUGAACAGUCGAAUUUGGAUGGGAAUGAUAUUGUGAGUCAACCGCUUUGUAACUAUGUUUCCAUUCAUCGUCAAUAGUGAAUGUUAAUAUUUGGUCUUUUUUGAUAACUAGAAACGCAUUAUUCCUCGGCGCGCCAUGGUUUGUUACCAUAUUCCAACUUCCUCAGCGUUUUCAAGUGGUUGAUAAUGUAUCCGCCCUGACUGCGGGGGUACGUUUGAUUCCUUUCACUGUUUUCGCUCCAGUUGGCUCGAUAGUUUCUGCGGUAUUAGCGGGAAAAGCGAAAAUCCCACCGAUUUAUCUGGUAAUCACCGCAUCAGCGUUACAAGUGAUUGGAUUUACUCUUCUCUCGACACUUUCAACAUCCACUAAAACUUCCUCGGCUCAGUACGGAUACCAAGUGAUUGCUGGCUUUGGAGUUAGAAUCAACAUUUCAACUCUCAUUCUUAUGACACCAUAUUCAGUCCCCAAUUCGAGGGAUCAAGGUCAGUAAGAUAACCUAAUUUUCACAAAUUAUAUCAACUAACGCAAAUAUUCGAAGCUGUUGCACUGGGUUCUGUUACUCACUUUCGAAUUAUGGGCGGAGCCCUUGGCCUGGCGAUAGUCACUGCAACAUACAAAGGAUUCGUCAUUUCCCGACCUGAUACUUUCUUGACUUUGGAGCAAAGGGAAGUAAUUCUGCAAUCCUCGGAGGCAAUUCAAUCUUUAACGCCUGCACUUCAAGCAGAAAUCAGAAAGAUAUUUGCAGGGGGCUACAAUCUGCAGUUUCGAGUCUUGAUUGCUUUUGCAGCAGCUCAGAUUCCAUCAUCCUUGCUCAUGUGGCAAAAGAAGCAGAUUGUCGUUUGA